AACUUUACAGAGAGAGACAGGAGUGAACGGCAGGGAAAAAAAAAACGACACCCCUCCCUCCAUCACUUUUACCCGAGGGGAGUGUGUGUGAGAGUGUGGUGUGUGACAGGGACGAGCUAGAAAAACGAGGAAAAACAUCGCCAAGCAACUCCGCGAACGUUGCGAAUCUUGUGUGAUUUCUCCAUCGCCCGUUUACGAUCUUGACGCAUAAGGGAACUUUACGCGAGACGGACGGAGUUUACGCGCGAGAGGAGAAAAUGAGGACUGUAUCUGCGUGCAGAUUUUAUGCAUUUUGGUGUGGUGUGUUUCUUGCCCUGCCAUCAAACAGAGCUGAUACAGCAGAGAAGCCGGUGUCUGGACGGCAGUCUCGUCAGGCAGAGGAGGAGGGUCUUGAAGGGGUUUGGGGACCUUGGAGCGAAUGGGAGGAGUGUUCUCAGAGCUGUGGAGUGGGUGUGUCUGAGAGGAGGAGACAAUGCAUGCCACCGCCCCAAACACCACCCUUCAUCUGGAACAGACCAGCUUACCUGCCUCCAGGUUUCCCAAACCACACCCCUGUGAUUUCCGCUGUGAGACCCUACUACAACUCCUUGUAUUCUGGAAACGAGCCCCCUCCAUAUGGAGCAGGAGUUGCUGAGAGGCCUCCAUUUUAUUCUCCACCCCUCCCAGCCAAUCAGAAUCCUGGAUUACCCCUCUACCGCAAUGAAGCUGGUGGUUCCGGGCCAGUGCAGUUCGGCCCAUCAAAUCAGGAGCCAGUUUCAGUCUACCGUUCACCUUCGUUUCCUGCUUCAUCUUCCUCGUCCUCUUCACUUCCAUUUAGUCAGCAUGGAAGAGGUUCCGGACGGUUGUCUAGUCAUGCUAGAGGAAGAGCUGUCGGCACUGGCAGCAGGAGGUCAGUUUCCACCAAUAGGGAUCCAGCGUCUAGAAGAAGGUCUAGUUCUAUUCGUCCUGGACAGUUUGGGUAUGGCAGGGUCCCAUUCUCUCUCCCCCUACACAGACAAAACCGGCAUGUGCGCCACACGCACCGCCACAACAGCACCACCACAGACAGUCUUGAUGCUGUAGAUGUUAAUUCUAACUUGCAUGAAGACAAAACAGAGGGAGAUGUAGAAAAGAGUCAAACAGAGGCAGCCAAGUUCAACAAAGAGCUAAAAGAGAAGAGAAAAUUUAAAGAAAUGGAGAUAGAGGCAGUUACCAUGGCAACAGACACAGAGAGGAGUGAUAUUGCAGACGAGGGACCAAGUGACAGCGAGACGCCCAGACAGGCAGAAAGAACAAGGGAAGGUGAGAGAAUCGCCCUUUCCCAGUCCUUGACCCAGAGACAAAGCCAGUCACUUGAGGCUCGUGACAGCCGCACUUCUCGCCAAGUCCCACACUCGUACACACACACUAUCCACCGAGCAAAUACUCCCAGAGACCCUCCCCCUUACAGCCUGCCUCUACCCCUCCUCCAAACACCCACAAACCCCAACCCUGAACCCUGGGUCCUGCAGAAUGGCUCCCAGCCACCCAGAAAUGAAGCAGAGAGAGGUUGGACACCCCCAGCGACUCCCCGCAACUACAGAUGCUCUGGCAAGGACAAAGAGUACCGCAGGUGCAGUCUACAGGCAUGUCCAGGUGCUGCACUAAACUCCAGGGCUGUGCAGUGUGCAGCGUUCAACAGUCAGGAGUUUAUGGGACGCGUGUAUGACUGGGAGCCUUUCACAGAAGUGGGUUUGGAGCAGCAAUGUGAGUUGACCUGCCGGCCCGUUGGGUAUCGUUUCUACGUCCGACAGGCGGAGAGGGUACAAGAUGGAACUCCGUGCACAAAUAACACACCCAAUGAUGUGUGUGUGGGAGGACGCUGUCUGAGUGAGGGUUGUGAUGGCGUGUUGGGCUCGGGGUUGGUUCGGGAUCGCUGUGGAGUGUGUGGAGGUGGAGACGGCACCUGCGAGCGGAUCACCGGACAUUUCCUAAACACAAGUGUUCCUCUAGGUUACCACAAAAUCCUUGACAUCCCACCCGGAGCCACGGCUAUCAACAUCACAGAGAGAAGAGCCAGUCCAAAUUACCUGGCCCUGCGCAGUGGAACAGGUCAGUCUGUGGUGAAUGGACGUUGGGCAGUCGAUCCGCCGGGAGAGUAUCAUGCAGGAGGGACCACUUUCUUGUACAGCCGCCCCAAAGCAGGGCCUCACGAGCAGGGAGAUGAGAGAGGAGAGUCCCUCACUGCACCUGGACCCACAACCACCCAGCUGCAGCUAUAUAUUAUUUUCCACAGGCAGAAUCCAGGCAUAGACUAUGAAUAUUACAUCCCAGUGGAGAAAAAGAGAGACGGAGUGAGAGCGAUCCAGAGAGAGAGGGAGAAGGAGCGGGCGGCACUCAGAGAAAUCAGUGCUCACUCAGUUGCUGUUGAAAACCCUAUCAUUCCUCCUCCUGUGUCAUCUUCUGAUUCCUCACCUCCAUUUUCAUUCCCUUUCUCUUCCUCCUCCUCCUCCUUUUCCUCCUCAUCUGAUCGAUGGCCAGCAGAGAGGCCCCGCCCACAGGGCACAGGACCCAAUCGUAAUGCUCGGAUCCCUCCACGCACAGACCUCCCACUGGACAAUCAGCCUCUGUUUGUAUGGCGUCGAGGGCCACUCACUGAAUGCACUGCCACCUGUGGCAAAGGCUCCCAGUAUAGAGAUAUUGUGUGUGUGAACAGACACACAGAACAGGAAGUUCAUGAAAGGAGGUGUGACUCUGCAACUAAACCAACCCCAGAGGAGGAAUCAUGCAACGUCCAUCCAUGUCCACCAUUCUGGGAUACAGGAGUAUGGUCGGAGUGUAGUGUUUCCUGUGGCUGGGGUGUGCAACAGCGUCAGAUACAGUGCAGGCAGAGUUUUGGGAAUCGUUCUACGAUGGUUCACCCACAACGAUGUGCUGGUCUCACACGACCCAAUGCUACACAGCCCUGCCACCCGCGUGUCUGCUCCCACUGGGAGAUCAGCACCAACUGGAGCACGUGUUCAGUGGAUUGUGGAGUAGGAAAGAAAUCCCGGAGCGUACGCUGUGUCAGUAACCAUGGUAGCAUUGUGAAUGACAGGGAGUGCAAUGACAGGCUCCGCCCACAACAAACUGAAGACUGUCACAUGGGUCCCUGUGUCACUAACUGGUACUUCUCUGAUUGGACACACACUUGCUCUGCAGCAUGUGGUCCCGGAGUCCAGCGGAGAGAGGUGGUGUGCCUGACCAGAGGAGGCAAGAGUGAAGGAGGAGAGUGUGUGGGGGAGAAACCGCCUGAUAUGAAGGCUUGUAACGGGGGACCCUGUACAUCCACAAACCUCUGGUAUACUGGACCCUGGGGACAGUGCAAUGCAGCAUGUGGGAACGGCACCCAGCGCAGAGACAUCAUCUGUGUGAAAAAGACAGGCAGUGAUUUCACAGUGAGAAGUGCCAGUGAUUGCUCGCACCUGGAGAAACCGUCUCCUGUGCAGCCGUGUGAACUGCAGCCCUGCAGACCUCAUUGGUUCACCACUGAAUGGAGCACGUGCUCUCGUUCUUGUGGUGAAGGUGUGCAGAGGCGAGAGGUACGGUGUCUCACAGCAGACAAAAAGCACAGCUCAUCAUGUGAUCCCGACUCCAAACCUGCACUGGAACAGUCCUGUAACACCAUACCUUGCAGUCCAUUUGAAGAUGAGAACUGUAAAGACAGACGGCAUAACUGUGUGAUGGUGGUACAGGCUCGACUUUGUGUCUACUCCUAUUACAAGACCGCCUGUUGUGCUUCCUGUACUCAGAAUGCUCAGCGGGCUAAAAGACAUUGAGCCUACACAGGUUAAAGGUCACAGAGAUGUCACAUUUGGACCUAGCACAUACUGAGAUUCACUAUGGGCCAACCAGAGACAAAACUCAGCCAAUCUCAGUAAUUAAUUCACAGAAAUCAACCAAAUAGAGGCUAUAUCAGGUCCAAAUGGAAUUCCAGGAGAGAAAUAGAGUGAAAGUUUUAAAACGCUAUCUGAGCUCAUAGGCACUCCAGGUCUGUGCUUACCAGUAGCUUUCCCCCAAUGAUGAAGACUAGGACUGUUUGGUACACUAUACUAUCAGCGAGGAUGCCAAAUACUCAUCCAUGCCUUAAAUAUUCUCUAAACAAAUGCACUGAUGUCACUAGUCCAUGUUCUGGACACUUAUAUGAAGAUUUUGUUGGUUGAAUGGGAACAAUUCUAGAAGUUGCCUUUGUGUUUUCGUCACACCUAGAGAUAUUAGAUGAAAUGUAAUGAUGUAAAUCAGAAUACACUACAUGGUCAAAAGUUUGUGGACACAAUUUUCCAUUAAGGGGCAAUAUUUGGUGGACACUAGAUAUGGUUUUGAAAUUAAAUGUUUAACAAGCACAUUGAGGUGUUGUUUGGGUGUACACAUACUUUUGGCCAUCAUCAUACAAUCUCAAGGCAGGAGCUCGCUGCGGUGCAAGAUGCAUACAGUAACACUGGCAUCACUUUUUGUACAUAAAAAAUAUAGGGUGUCACAUAGUCCAAAAGGUUGCAGGACUUUUAAGACAAAAACAUUACAUAAAUGGCAAUUAACCCCUCAAAAACAAUCUCUUUUGGCUUGACUCAUUCCCCUAAAUCGUCCAUCAGAUAAAUGCUACUGUAUAUGUAGGCAUUACUGUCCAAAUUGAUCUACAAACUAAUAUAAAAUCGUAUUUUUUGGUGCGUCAAUUUUAUUUGUUGGUGCGUAUGACUAAACUGUAUGUGGUUAAAAUUUUAUUAAAAUCUGAUUUUAAUAUGAUCGAUCUGAUUAGAUUUCAAGUAAUUUUUUUAUUAUUUGGGACAUGAUGUGUAUGUAUCACAGUAAUGUCUGUAGAAUAUUGUUGCACUGUCUGAACAAACAGAUCAGAUAUGAUAAAUCAUUAAAUAUUGGGUGCAGUGUGAAAAACAUAUAUCAAAUCUCAGUAUCUUAUUUGGUCUUUAUUCCCUUAAACGAGGCCACAGGAUGAACUAUAGAUCAGUUUUGUUGUAUAACGUUCAAUCAGUGUUCCAUGUAUAUUUUAGUAUUUGAUCAAAAUGUUUUUAUUUUUUAUUAUUUGUUGCUGUUUUUAUUUUUUCCCCACAAUGUAAAUUCAAAAAUGUCCAUUACUAAAUCAAACUCGCAGAAGCCCUAGCAGUUUUAUGUUGUUAUAAGAUGUAAGAUAUUCUUGUUGUGCAUUCCCUAUUUUUUAUAUAUGUAGUAACAUAAGCCCUGCCUCUGCUAAAUGGUUAUUAUGGCUAUAUUUACCUGCAGAAUGCAUCAAGGACAGCAUAAUUUGUGCUCAUUGCUUAAGUAAUAAAUCAUUGCUUAAGUAAUAAAUAUGCAAACAGUAAUGGCAUACUUAAUAAUUUUUCAUCCAAAGUAACAAACAAUGCAGGACUAUUCUCCUGGAUCAAGCUGCUCCUCUUAUAAAUUCUCCAGCUUUAACCACUAUGCUAGCACAACUUCUUAUGCAAAUGAGCAAUUGAAUAUGUAAAUUAAAAAUGGCAGAGAUGGGGUGGAUUUCUGUCCCCAUAACAGAUGUAGUCUGUUAAAAACCUUUAACAUUUGUUUGUGUGUGUUUAGUUGUGUCUGACAGUUUAUGUACAUAUUUUGUAUGUAUAGUAUCACAUACAUCUAGAUAGAUAGCAGAUAACCUAUAGAAGAAUUAAAAAAGAUGUUAUAUAAAAAACAAGAAACAUAGUUAUUUAUCUAUGAUAAAAAUACAUAUAAUUUAUUUUUAUUUUUCUGAAAUGGAUCAGUUACUGUCUUUGGAAAUUCAAGAUAAAUUUGUUGUUUUUAUGAUAUACAUUUAUAUUGCUUUGUA